AUACGAAGAAGGGCGAAGAAGAAAAGAGAAGCGGAAGUGGCGCAUGUGGCGGAAGUUAUCGCCAGAAAAACAACAACGCGCCAAAUUUGUGCAAAGUUGACUGCAGUCACUGACAUAUGAAAAAGGUUGUCUGUUUUUUUGCAAAUACAUUUGAAAAUCGCUGCUGGCUGAGGGAGUCUUUGCAGAUUACAGAUCAACGUCAGCAGUUUGAGAGAUAAAAUUGUAGAUAUGCAGUGUGCUGGCACUGCUUAGGAGUGUCAGUGUCUGCCUGAGGUAAAAUAAGACAUCAUGGCUGUACCUUUCGUGCAAGACUGGGACCUUGUUCAGACACUGGGAGAAGGAGCCUAUGGAGAAGUGAGACUGCUGGUGAACAGACAGACGGAGGAGGCAGUAGCAGUGAAGGUGAUCGAUACCUCUCAGGCUAAAGAGUGUGCUGAAAAUGUCAAGAAGGAGGUCUGCGUGCAUAAGGUGCUCAACCAUGCCAACAUUGUACGCUUUUUUGGCCAUCGAAAGGAAGGUCCAACUGUGUAUCUCUUCUUGGAGUACUGCACCGGAGGAGAGCUGUUCGACCGAAUCGAGCCUGAUGUGGGGAUGGUGGAGAAAGAUGCUCAUAGAUUUUUCCAGCAGCUUAUAUCAGCUGUGGAAUAUCUCCACAGCAUUGGCAUCACCCACAGAGACAUAAAACCAGAGAACAUUUUGCUGGAUGACAAAGAUAACCUGAAGCUGUCAGAUUUUGGCCUGGCCACCAUGUUUCGUUUCAAAGGACGAGAGCGGCUUCUGAAUCGACUGUGUGGGACUCUUCCUUACGUGGCUCCGGAGCUUCUCAGCCAGACAGAGUAUAAAGCUCAGCCUGCAGAUAUCUGGGCUUGUGGGAUAGUCCUCACCGCUAUGCUGGCCGGAGAGUUGCCUUGGGACCAGCCCACUGAGAGCUGUCAAGAGUAUGCAGAUUGGCUUCAGAAGAAAACAUAUUUACCUCCUUGGAAGAAAAUACAACCACUGCCUCUUAGUCUGUUGUCAAAAAUACUGCUGGCCAGUCCAGGUGCGCGCAUCACCAUUGCAGACAUACAGAAAGAUCGCUGGUUUACUCAUGGUGUAAAGCAGCCACCCCUGGGCUCAGGAGGAAACAAAAUUCUUCGAUCAGAUGUGGGAAUCAUAUCCCGGGCCAACAGUGAUGACAGGAUGCAGUUUUCUAGCUCUCAGCCUGAUUUUGCACCAGGUGGCUGGGAAGCCAUGUUGUUCAUCGGCCAAAGCGAAGGUCAGGUCAGCUUCUCUCAGCCGACCAAGCCGGAGCACAUGUUGCUGGGUAGUCAGCUACUGGGCACACCAGGAGCCAGUCAGUCGCCGUGGCAGAGAUUAGUGCGGAGAAUGACGCGUUUCUUCACCACUGUGAAUGCUGAUGCUUCCUUAACUGCCCUGAAAGAUAUUUGUGAAGGCCUGGCACUUGGCUUCAAACUCACCUGCAACAAACAGGUGACGGUGAGCACGCUGGACAAACGCAAUAACAAACUCAUCUUCAAAGUCCAUUUGCUAGAAUUGAAUCAGAGAGUGCUGCUGGACUUCAGACUGUCCAAGGGCGACGGACUGGAGUUUAAACGUCUCUUUGUGAAAAUCAAACAGAAGCUCGGUGACAUCGUCAGCACUCAGAAGAUCACAUGAGGAGCCUGUACAGACAAAUCCACACUGCUGACGUUGGACGGAGACCCUGUAUAUAUUUAGCUGUUGUAUUGAUAUUUUAAGUGUAUUCUGUUCUUCUCUUCCUAUGUGUGUCCUUACAUUUUUAGUUAUUAUGUUCUGGCUUUGGGAAGACUGAUCUGUUCUGACUAUGUUUCACAUGAUACAGUUCAAAGCCUUGAAUAAAUUAUUAAAAGGAACCACAUUGUAAGCUAAAUGUUCUGUCAAUCGAUUAAGGGUUGUCAUGAGGUGAGUCCGCUUUUUGCCAGUAUCCCUGCAAAUAAAACCCCGUGUGGAAUUGCUAGAUAAGAAAAACCCAGCAGCUGUACAAAUUUUGUCAUGAAAUAUAAACAUAUAAGCAGAAUUUGUAACUGUUUUUCCGGUGGUGAUCUAAGUCAUUGGCUACACAUCUCUGAUGAUUAGGCAAACUGUCUACUGUCUGUGAAAACAUUAGUCAUCAGUCAAAAUUAUGUUCACAGAAAAUCAGAUUAUUUAAUUACACAAUGAAAAGUUAUAUGAAAUUCAUCUACAUAUAUGUUUAAUAAUAAUGUAUAUGAUAUAAAAUGUUUGGUCAUAUAUUGCUUCAGUCUGAAUCUAAAUUACCUCAACAGACUGAUGUAAUAAGAAUGUGGUAAUAUAGCUAAUAUAGCCUAUUGGCAUGCCUAUCCUUCUCAAUAAAAGUUUAAUUUGUUGAAAUCAAUCAUAC